AUGUUUAAUUCAAAAACAGAUAUAAAACGAAAAAAGAAGUGGGCGAUAGAAAAACUUAAAACUGGUGAAUUUAUAGCUACAGUAGAACCGCUGUCAUCAUCUCAUGGUUCAUUUUGGGAACAUUUAUUACGUAUUAAACGUUUAAAUAAUGAAUAUCCACCGUUUGUAAAAUGUCGAUUGUGCUAUGAGAUAUUAUCAUAUUCCAUAUCAAAUGGAACUUCUACUAGUAGCUAUCAUUUUUGA